GCACAUGCACAACACACACACACGUGGAUCAUCAUGGCUGCCCGUGUAAAUAACGUGGAAUUGGGAUUCGUUGAAAAAUCACCACCGUGGCGUCUGCUCAGUCAAUUUUUUCCAAGUAAAGUAGGUGGAAAACCAGCAUGGUUGAAUCUCAAGGAAGUCCCGAAAUCUCAAAAUUUGUUUUGUCCUAACUGCAACAAAACAAUGGUAUUUUUACUGCAAAUAUAUUGCCCUCCACCACCGGGCGACGAGGAUGACGCGACCGCAGCAGCGACGGGGCAGAGCAGCUGUUUCCACCGUACGCUGUACGUCUUCUGCUGCAGAGAAGCGACUUGUCACCAAACAUCUAAUUCGGAAGACCAAAAAAGUCCAUUUGCAAUAUUUCGGUGUCAGCUAGCGAGGAGAAAUGAUUUCUACAGUUAUGAACCACCGGAUGAAGACAAUCAAGUUCCAGAAAAGGACAUAAUUUCUCCCAUGCAGUUUGAUAUUUUGUUGUGUGACGUUUGCGGGUGCAAUGCAGGCAACAGGAAAUGUGGCAAAUGUCAGAAGGCAGUAUACUGCUGCAAAGACCAUCAAGUUAUGGAUUGGAAAAUGGGUCAUAAAGCAAAAUGCGGCAAGGAAUUUGGUCUUCACGAUGCCACUCCCCCAGCCAGCAAUAAAUUCCUCUUUCCAGAGUUUGAACUUGUGACAGAGCCAGAAAGUGAGGAAUAUGCUGCUCACGAAGACGAAGAGAACAUAGAGAAGGGAUCAAGUAAUGAAGACCUUAGACUAGUUGGUGCCAGUCUGGUCCAAACUGCAGUAGAACUGGAGAAUGGCUGUAUGAGUGCCAAAGAUCUUGAUAGAAUGGCUAGGAAAGAGACAGAGGAUGAUGUACAGUUCAUGAACUUUAAGAAGAGGAUUUCUCAUGAUCCUGAUCAAGUUCUACGGUAUCAAAAGGGCGGUCGACCCCUCUUCGUAUCUGCAAAUGAUCAGCCUAGUGAAAAGGAUAUUGUGCCUUGCUCCUGUGGGGCAAAAAGACAAUUUGAAUUCCAGAUUAUGCCCCAGCUCCUCACCCACUUGGAUGUAGAUAGCCUUGAUGUAAGUAUUGAUUGGGGGACACUGCUGAUAUACACCUGUUCAAAGAGCUGUACAGAAGGACCCCCCUACCAUCCAGAAUUCUUAUGGAAGCAAGACUAUCACAACUCGUCCAUCUCAUGAUGUCCUGUUGACACUAGAUUGACAGUCGGCCAAGGAAGACGACUUAAGCAGGUUACAAACCCAACUACAGGGCAAACUCUGUAAAUGUUGGUCAUUUAGACUGUCAAAAUUAUGUUUUCAUGAGAAUACAAAUAUCAAAUCAAUAUGAAUAAGGAAUUACCUAUGUUCAGUGGAUGUCGAGUUUCCACUUCAAAUGGUACCCUAAAAUGCAAUAGUUAAAAGCAAAAUACUUUCAUUCAUUCAGCAGCUCAAAGUUAGUGAGAUGAAUAGAGUAUUUGUAGCUUUAUCAAACAAAUAUUUAUUUACUCUAGACUGAUAAGUCUAGCGAAGUGAAUGAUAAGAGAGAGGAAUUGUGAUUACCUUAUAUUUAUGCUCAGUUUUCUUUUCACCUGUGCUGGUUUGGCUUAUGCUUGGUUAAUUUUUACAGUAAAAUUUCAGACAUCAUUGAAAGAGACACUAAAAUAUAUAUUUUUCUAGGAGAAAGACAUGCAAAACGAAAAAAAAUAGGUAAAAAAGCGAUGCAUCUGUUGUAGAUGUAUAAUAAGUAUACUAAAUGCAAUACAGCUAAUGAGUACUUUAACAGGUAACAUAAAUGCAUCCUAUUAUUUCCAAGACAUUUAUGCAAUAAUAUUGGUGAACCUACUGGUUGGUCCUAUGAGGCUUGUCUGGCGUCACUGGCCAUAAAGGCAGUUUUGCAUCUUUGGACAUGGGUCUGGAAGUCAUCAGGGUCAUUCCUCCAGGCACUGUCAUUGCCAUUGUUGUUGCUGUUGCCAGAUUCACCUUCUCUUUGGACUUUUUAUCAGGUGGCAGAAUGAUAUAUUCUAUACAACCAUACGUCUAUAUGGCAAAAUCUGGCCGGCCAUAGCUGUAUGGUUUCUCAUAUUCUAAUUUGUUAAAACUAUACAACUUUGUAUAAUAAUUGCGCCAACGGCCGGCCAUACAAGCUGCACAUUGAUGACCUUCAUUUUCAUUUCCAUCAUGGCAUAGCUUCCAUAUUUGGCUGAGUGCCCUGGUGAAUCUGCAUGACCAUCUCCUCCCAAGACCAACUUUCCUCCUUCUGACUGUCUGAGAUGAGACCUUUGUUCUCUUUGUUCAAAGACCCUUAUGAUUGCUGGCUGCAAGUAGUUAGACUGAUACUCCAGGAAGGUGUUGUUAGUGAUUGCCUUUAAAUUCAUAUGCUGGAGUACUCGUAAGACCUUGGUUGGACUGGCUCCACCAUACAAAAUGGCUGCAGACAAUAGCAAAUUUCCGGCAGGAACAUUCCCAACUUAUGGUUGUCUAUGCCAUUCCUUACUCUUACAGCACUUUAGACACGUUUGCCUGAUCUUAAUCUGCGAGCCAAAAGAUCUAGGGCAAAUCUUCUCAACCUGUACAUCACUGGAAAGGCAACUGAAGCAAUUGUUGAACAAUUCAAACAGGUUGGAUUCAAAGACUAUGUACUUUCCUUCUUUUCUGAAAGCUGAUGAAUAUUUCAUUUGAGUGAACAAAAG